UUGUGAGCAGCGGUGUGGCGUAUUAAUUUUUGUCUCCUUACGUUGCAUUGUUUCCACAUUUAAUGAUAUUGAUACGAAUAAUUAUUACGUGAGGAUAUAUUGAAGUGUAUAUUUAUUAAUUUUUGUACAAUGCCGAAGCGUGGUGGUGGAAAACCUAGAAAUGUGAGAAGUGGUCCUGACCAUUAUGAACAUGAUGAUCGCUCGCACAGUAAUCUCACGCGACGCGUCAGUUUCAAGCCAGGAGCGUUUAAAGGGAAAGGAAAAUUCCGAGGUUUUAAUGACCCAAAACUAUUACUCGACGAUGACAUUGACAUGGGGGCCAAUUCCGGGGGUCCCGGACACAUGAACAACCGCAAGGGUGGGUUUAGGGGCCGUGGUGGCCGACUGACGCCAACACCACGCCGUCCCGGUGGCCCUCGAAGAUUCAUACCAGGUCCGCUUCCCUGGUACCAAAUUGUCAUUCCAUAUGGAGGCAAGCAUCCUAAAGAGGUUAUAUUAAAAGCUUUGCUAGGCUUCAUAUCACCGGAAGUGUUCAUACCCCACUAUUACAAAAUCAAUGGCAAUGCUGCCGUUUUUUAUGUGGAUGACGUAAAAGUUGCAGAGAAACUAUUUCAUACAGACAGGAAGAUUGUAAUGUCUGAUGGCUUUAAGCUGGUUGUCAUGGUCCGGAAUACUGCUCCAAAUGUACAAAUUGAUGCAGAGAUGAAGGAAAAAAUGAAGCUUGUAAUGGCAAAGAGAUAUAAUGCUGCUACUAAAGCAUUAGACUUGACUAAGUUCCAUGCUGAUCCAGACCUAGCAGACAUAUUUUGUGCACUGUUCCGUCCACAAAUAAUGCUGGCAGCCAUAGACAUCAUGGCUGAGAACAUUCCGGACCUAGAAGCACUGAAUCUUAAUGACAACAAAUUACACGGCAUUGAACACAUGAAAAUCCUAGCGAACAAAUUGAAGAGUCUGAAGAUUUUGUAUUUGGGAGACAACAAGAUACCUUACAUCGGAUCACUGGAUUGCCUGAAGUCUCUGCCACUUGUGGAGCUGUACCUCAAAGGAAACCCACUGGUCACCAGGUGUAAUGACCAUGACAUAUAUGUCAGCGAUGUGCGGAAGAAGUUCCCCAAACUCGUCAGAUUGGACGGCGUGGACCUCCCUCCAGUGAUCGGCUUCGACGUCGCCGAAGACUCCGCGUUACCACCCCGAAAACAAUCCUUCCUCGUUGACGAGGCGGGCAAGGACCUAGUCCGUGAUUUCCUGACACAGUACUUCGCCAUAUACGACUCUGACUCGCGUCAGCCGUUGUUAGACGCGUACCACGAACACGCGUCCAUGUCGAUGGCUGCGAGUUACUUGACCUAUGAUGGGAGGAGUAAUUCCGCGGGGACCAAACUAACCAGCUACAUAACGAACAGCCGCAACAUAAUCCGCAUCCAAGACAGAGACUCGCGCCGCCGCUACCUGCGCACGGGCAAGCUGCAGGUGGUCUCGUUCCUCUCUGAAAUGCCUAAGACCCAGCACGACCUGCUGGGCUUCGCUGUGGACUUACCCGUCUUCACUCCGACCAUGAUCGUCUUAGUAAUGAACGGCGUGUUCAAGGAGACCAGCGUAGCGGGCACCCCCACCCGCUCCUUCCACCGUACCUUCGUCAUCGUUCCCAACUCCAACGGCGGGUUCUGCGUCAUGAAUGACAUGCUGUUCAUCACCAACACCACCAAAGAUCAGGAAGAUCAAGCUUUCUCAUCCGGCGCGACCGUAGCGCCGGCCCCGGCGCCGGCGCCGGGCCCGGCCGCCGCGCCGGGCGACGACCACGCCGCUCUGCUCAACAUGCUGAGCCAGCAGACCGGCAUGAACCAGCACUGGACCAUGAAUUGCCUACAAGAAACCGGCUGGGAUUACCAAAGAGCCCUGCUGAUCUUCAACCAGCUACACUCUGAAGGCAAGAUACCGCCUGAAGCCUUCGUCAAGUGAAGUUCCGGAACCCACGCGGAGGCUGUGCCUACUGUACAUAUAGUUUAAACAGAUUCAUAUUUUUGUUAGACGAAUUUAGAUAUUGUUAAUUAAGAUAACGAAUUUGAGCGUAUUUGUGACUAGUUAUGUUUGAGUUUAGAGGUCUUUGAAGGACUAUAACUGGUCAUACAGAACUGGAUAUAAUCUGAACAUUUAAUACAGUGAUGUGCCGUAGUUAUAGCCCUUCGAAUGGCAUUUUAAGCCUGUGCACAUCGGAUGCGUGUGCGUGCGCGAUGUAAUUAACAGAUGCUUAUGACAGGCGGCACACCGCUUGCGAGACGUGUGCGUGCACGGCUCAAACAUUUUAGCGCUCGUGCAUGUCUACACACGCAGCCAGUGUGCUCUGGCCUUUUAACUGUAAAUUUGGUGAGAAACUGGUUUUGUCAUUGUCUUCAUAAAGGAUGGCAUUUCACUUGGCUUUUUUUAAGUUUUCUCUGACAAAAAACGCAAAAUAAUUUGCGAAAUCAUGACCCAAAUGAAGUGCCAAAUCCUUAGAUUUAUGAAAAUUUAAUUCUUGGGAAAAGUGAUUUCUCGGGUUGGCGGCACUUCGUAUGUUUAAGUUAAAACUAAUUUUAUGAUGGUACUUCUAAUUAGUUCUAUGGAACAUAAUCAUAUGAUAAUUAACAUAUUUUGUAAUUCCAUAAUUGUAAUUAGAAGUACCCGUAUAAAUUUGCAUAUAAAAGAUGACCAUAAUUAUGACAACGUUUGUCGCGGUUUAAAAUUGAAGGGAUGUUUACAAAAACAACAUAACUGGCUACACUGGUUGAUACCUGAAGCGAUUAACAAUGUUCUUAAAAAAGUGUCAACCGCUCUAAGCAGUUAUGUUGUUUUUGUAAACAACAAUUAUAAUUAAAAGUUAAUAGUUUUAAAAGAUGAAAGAAACUGCGCCAAUCGCAGUCACAAAAAAAGAAAAAAAAAGCCCAUUGCAAACUGACUAAUAAGGCAUUUAAUUCAGUUAAUCAUUUUAUUUUUGUUUGAUACAGAUGUUUAGUGUAUUAAUUCGUACAUUGUUUGUAUGAAAUAAUAAGUUCUUAUUUUUUUUUGUAAUGAUUAAAGAAAUGUCCUAAUAUCAUUGUAGAAGCACAUAAUUUAUAUGUUAUAUAUAUGUCAUAGUAAGACUGAUUGCAAAUCAUUGUUACAAGACGCAAUUAAUUUGCAAGAAAAUACAAUAAUCUUUAGUUUCUUCGUCAAAUUAGGAUUUAUGUUAUAUUAGGUAAUAAAAUUUUGAGAUCGUAUGUUACAAAUUUAAUGUCACCAUGAUUCUGAUCGAAAUUCGUAUUAUUAUUUAUUUUAGAAAAAAUGUUCUACUGUUUGAAAAUUUUGAAGAUCGAACUUAAAUCUAAUGUUUACUAAGUAUUUUUUUGCUGUAUGUCUAUUUUUUUGCCUGUACAUGCAUUACUAAAUGUAAGAAUUUAAUAAUCAAACUGCCAAAUGGUUUAGAACACAUGUUUUUCUUUCCCUGAAGUUAAUUAUGUGUAUGUAAAAUAAUACAUGAUAACAAAAAAAAAUUACCUUUUGCACAGAGUGGUAGAAUGAACUUGCAUAGUAAACUAACAUUUAGUGCCUAUACAGGUAUUUGUUAUUGUAUAACUUUCAUUAAAAACAUUGUGUUUAUCAAAAUAUGACCGCGUCUACGUUACUGUGACGCUGUAUGAAGCAUAAUCGAAAUUUUAUAUCUAGUUAUCUUUAGUUAAUUAUCCUAAAAGAUUACAAAUAAAAAAAACUUGAUAACAUUGUACAUAAAUAGGGUUAUCACAUUGGGAUUUAAGGAGCCACAGGACUGACAUUUGGCGCGUGUCUUACAGCUGUCUUGGUGUCCAACAAUACUUGGUCGAUGGAACCCCGGAUCAGGGGUCCGUACAGGGUUGGAGACCCUGCCCAUGCCAAAGCGACGGAACCCCUCCACGUGGGCUAGUCGCUCGUUCAAUGCUUGGGAAUAUCGCCAUGAAUUUGAACUGACACCAUUGUUGCAUUGCUGUAUUUUUAUAGACAUUUGCUGAUUCUAUGAAAUUUCUUGGUCUAUGGUUCCUUUGGUUGUGGGACAGAGAGGAGACACGUGGGUAACCUAGAGACCGUGUGAGAUCUUGUAGAAUAGUAAUCGCCUUUUCUGCUUGCUGUGGCCUCCUUCGGGCGGGGCUUAGGAGCGAUGCUGGGUUUAUCUCAAUUGUAUAUAAUGAUGAUGGAUUAAAUCUAAUUUAUAAGCA